UUUAAUCAGAAUGAAUAGAAAUAGUAAAGUCUUAAAAUCAACUAAGUUUCUUGAGAUAUUUGAAAAGGGACGUUAAUCAAAAGUUUUCAUAUCAUAGAUUACAAUAAUUGUGCACGUAUGAUAGCCACAGGCAGCAAUAGUGGUUUUGUCAAUGAUCAGAAUAAUUAUGUUGCACUACCUUUGGUGUCUUCUCAGCACAUUGAUACUAUGAAUCAGCAUUAUGCUUAUGCCCAAGGUGUUGAAGCAGCUGCUCAAGAUACUGUUGAGAAGGCGAAAAAAAGAUACAUCAAAGAAUACUACCAAAUCCUACAAAGCAAACAAAAAAAAAAAAAAAAAAAAAAAAAAAAAAGAAUUCAUACAUUGGUGUCAUAGAUACUGUUCCUCAGGUCCAUUGAAUGAGAUAGUAGAUGAUAAAAAGUUACACUAUUUUUUAGUUACUCAGGUCAUCAAUAGAGAAUACAAAAAAAAAGGAACCAAGAGAAAAAAUAGAAAUAUCAAUGAAGAAGUUGGUGAUGCUGUUACAGACGAAGAUGCCCCAAAUAAAACAAGUAUAGAAAAUGGCCUAAUAUUACCUGCCGAUUCGGAUUUGGUUCAUUCAGAGGAGCUCAUUUCAGAGAUACUCAAUGAUAACAACUUAACGAAUGAGCUAUUAGAAUGUGAUUCUCAUCAAUUGCAUCAGUUAAACAUGGAGAUCUCGCGACUGUCAAAAUGUACAUUGAGGCUAUUGUGGACUUAUACAACGAACAAUCACUCGCUGAUCCUUAAAGUGCCCGCACCCAUUCUCGCGAUAAAUUAGUUGAGACAUUUGUACGUCGUUUACAGUACGAGCAUCAAAAACACCGUCGUGACAACUAUAUUGUUCGUACUGUGGGCACUGCAGCUGACGGUUAUUCUACUUCGGCUCAAA